UGGGGCUGUGUUUUUUGGGUUUUUUGUCUGUAUUUUCAUCCUGAUUUUAUUUUAAUUCCAUCUUAAAUCCAUCUCAAUUCUAUUCAUCUGAGCAUUCUUCUUCAUAGUUGAACAACUACUAGUAUAACCGUCCUACAUAUUGCUACUCCACCACCAUGGCCACCCUUGUCCGGUCUUUCUCGCCCGAAAGCCCCGACGUUGCAGUCGUCAUCCCCCAGAAACCCCAUCCCCUAACGGUCUCCUACCAACAGCUGCAUUCCCAUGUUGCCAAUUUCCAAGCCAAGCUAGCUAAGCUGGGGGUAGGCCAUGGGGCAGCCGUCUCACUGGCGCUGGUUAAUUCGCAUGAAUUCAUCGUCUCGUUCCUGGCUGCAUCUAGCCAGCGCGCUAUUGCCGCUCCGCUGAACUCGGCGUAUAAGCAGGACGAGUUUGAGUUUUAUAUUGACGACCUCAGCUCGACGGUUGUUUUGAUUGCCAGAGGUGAGUUUGUCAAGGAUGGCCCGGCUGUUAGGGCUGCGAGGAAGUAUCAGGCUGCAAUUGCGGAGUGUUAUUGGGAUGGAAGGGAGGUUGUGCUGGAUGUCAAGGAGAGUGGGAAGCUGGCUGGACAUGCAGGGAAUCGGGUUGAAGAAGCUCAACCGGAUGAUAUUGCUCUUGUUCUGCACACGAGUGGAACGACGGGCAGGCCCAAAGCUGUCCCUCUCACGCACAAGAAUCUCACGACCAGCAUGAAAAACAUCCAAGCAACCUACAAUCUAACACCCCAAGAUCGCACCCUGCUGGUAAUGCCUCUCUUCCACGUCCACGGUCUCCUAGCUGCCUUCCUCGCUCCUCUCGCCUCAGGAGGCUCCGUAGUCGUGCCCUCCAAAUUCUCCGCAUCAGAAUUCUGGUCCGACUUUGUCACCCACAAAGCAAACUGGUACACGGCUGUGCCGACAAUCCAUCAAAUCCUGCUCAAGACGCCAUUACCCAGUCCCGCCCCGCAAAUCCGUUUCAUCCGCUCGUGCUCGUCGCCUCUGUCGCCUCAGACCUUCCAGGAUAUGGAGAAGAAGUUCAACGCACCGGUCCUGGAGGCGUACGCGAUGACUGAGGCCUCGCACCAGAUGACCAGUAACCCUCUUCCUCCUGCGAAACGCCAACCGGGGAGCGUAGGCACCAGACAGGGCGUGGAGAUCAAGAUCCUCGACCAGUCAGGCAAGGAAGUCCCCCCAGGAAGCGAGGCGGAGAUUUGCGUGCGAGGAGAAAACGUAACAAAGGGUUACUUGAACAACCCAUCCGCCAACAAAUCGUCCUUCACCCAGGACGGAUUCUUCCGCACGGGAGAUCAGGGUAAAUUGGACGCAAACGGCUACGUGAUUAUCACGGGACGAAUCAAGGAACUCAUCAACAAGGGCGGAGAAAAGAUCAGUCCUAUCGAGCUGGAUAAUACUCUCCUUCAUCAUCCCAAGGUUGCGGAAGCGGUUUGCUUUGCAAUUCCGGAUCCAGGCCAUUACGGCGAGGACAUUGGGGCUGCGGUGGUUUUGAAAGGCAACAACGCAGUCACAGAAGACGAGCUAAAGGCGUGGGUGGGAGAAAAGCUGGCCAAAUUCAAGAUUCCAAAACAGGUCUGGAUAGUAUCGCAAAUCCCCAAAACGGCAACAGGCAAGAUCCAACGCCGUAGAGUGGCAGAGUCGAUGCUUACAGCCAAGGCGAAGCUUUAAUCUGAUUCAUUCUGUAUUUACUGUAUAGCACUAUACAUGCAAAUAACCCGUGUGAUUUCCCUGACGACCUACAAAGCGGUUCUCACAGCGGAUUUAAACUACAGCCGUUAGCUUGCUCUCAAAGAAACAUCUAAAAGAUGGAAGGGACAGGAAAAUACCGGAAUAAUCUGCGCCCUCUCCAAAUCCCACACUCCAUUCUUAACGU